AUGCAGCUGACUUCUUUCCUCGCCUCGGCUCUGCUCGCAGUGUCCGCUGUCGCAUCCCCGACUCCCACCCUCGAUAAGCGCGCGCAGACUAUGUGCGGUAACUGGGGCACCGUUCAGACAGCCGGCUACACUGUCUACCACAACAACUGGGGUGCCGGCCAGGCCACCUCUGGACACCAGUGCACUACCUUUGACCAGGUCAAGAGCGGCAACUCCUUCGUCUGGUCGACCGAGUGGAGCUGGGCCGGUGGACACGGCCAGGUCAAGUCGUAUGCCAAUGUCGCCCUUGAGAAGGUCAACAAGAAGCUGUCCCAGAUCAAGUCGAUCCCCUCCAAGUGGACCUGGAGGUACACUGGCACCAAGUUGGUGGCCGACGUCUCCUACGACCUCUGGCUUGCGCCGUCCGCUUCGGCCAACAACCAGUACGAGAUCAUGGUCUGGGUUGGCGCCUACGGCGGCGCUGGCCCCAUCAGCUCGACCGGCUCCGCUAUUGCUACCGUCUCUAUUGCUGGCAGCAGCUGGAAGCUCUUCAAGGGCCCGAACGGGGACACGACCGUCUUCUCCUUCGUCGCCACCAAGAACGUUGGCAACUUCAACGGCGAUUUGAACGAGUUCUUCAAGUACCUGACCUCCAAGCAAGGCGUCAGCAAGAACAUGGUUAUCACCAGCCUUCAGGCCGGAACCGAGCCCUUUGAAGGUUCCAACGCUGUGUUCAAGACCUAUGAUUAUACCAUCAAGGUCAACACCAACUAG